ACAUCACAGCCGAUACCUCAUUGCAGAAAUCUUGCAGUAUCUCUAGGUCCGUCCACAAAUCGCCUUGGCCCACUUUAUUAUCCAUGCCAAUGCUAUCUUGUCCUGAAUCCCAAUCUCCAUCUUGUCGUCAGCCUACUGCUUGGUCUUCAGAUCGUUCUUCAGCUCAGCCUUCAACUCGUCCUUAACUUCUUCCUUGAGUUCAGCCUUCAGCUCCGCCUUCAGCUCUUUCUUGAGCUCCACUUUAAGCUUAGCCUUGAUGAUUUCCGCGAGACAAUUCUUUGUCUUGACUUUAGGCUUUGUAUUGAGCGCGUCUCCAUGGUCAGUGACAGAGGUGUCACGCUGAGGGCCCGAUGGUUCGGGGGGAGAGUGCUGGAUAUUUUCGUGUUGCAUCUGCAGAUGAUGGCGUCGAAAGUCGGCGAUGAUCUGCUUGUUAUGUGCUGCCUCACUGGCAUUCUGGGAUGUGUGGUUAUCAGGUGAUUGUUGAUGGUCGUCGGAAGUCAU